UUUCAUUGUGUUUCCUCUACCUUUCGCCUUGAGAUUGAUUCUUGCGUCCCAGAGAUGGCAUCGGUUUGCAGGUCAGCGCUGGUGAGUGGUUCCAGGAAUUUAGUAUCUAGAUCCAGGACCUUAACUCAAAAGUAUCUCAAUCUUAAACCGACAACGACGACUUCAGUUCCUUUUGCUUCAGUGUCCCAAUCCAUUCCUCGCGCUUCAAGGGUAUUGUCUGCUUUGGGAAGCGUUGAAACGAUGAUUCCGCUUCACAGUGCGGUUGCUUCAGCUCGGCUCCGGUCAAGCAUCGCUGCUGAUUCCUCUUGUUGGAGCAUGCUUUCCGAGGGAUUUGCCACGCCUUUGUGACCCCCUGCCCGGUCUGCUGGAAUCUAUCUAUAUAAGGCGAAAAAAUAAUCAAAAAUUAUUAGGACUUGCUUUCAGACAAUGAAUGAACAAGGAUACUACUUUCUUCUAGUUUUAACUCUUUCGUCCUUGUAUUUGUUAUAGUUCACAAAGACUUGAUGCUUCAGAGUUCUACUUAUCUUUCUGUUGCUAUUUGUUGUUAUCCACACAUUUUUGGGGGCUUUUUUCUGCGUUACAAUUCAGCUUCUCCUCUCUUCUCAUUA